GCGGGCUCGGCGGCUGGCUGAUCUCGCGGAGGCGGAGCGAGGAACUCGAGGAAGCCCCUGCAAAGUUCACUGCAGUUUUCCUUGCUUGGGGUGCAAAACCUGCUGAAGCUCUGUUUAAAGAGACUGAAACUUGAAGGAUUGUAUUUUGUUCUCAUUUAUUUCAUGGAUGUUGAUGGCUCUGAACAAGAUCCUGAAAUGAAGGAAUAUUCUUCUGUCUGUGUUGGCAGAGAAGAGGACCUUAAAAAAUCUGAAAGAAUGACAGCUGUUGUGCAUGAUAGAGAAGUGGUCAUUUUCUACCACAAAGGAGAGUAUCAUGCUAUGGAUAUUCGCUGUUACCACUCAGGAGGACCUUUACAUUUGGGAGAUAUAGAGGAUUUUGAUGGACGACCAUGUAUAGUUUGUCCCUGGCAUAAAUACAAAAUUACUUUGGCAACAGGAGAAGGACUAUAUCAGUCUAUAAACCCUAGAGAUCCAUCAGCAAAACCCAAGUGGUGCUCCAAAGGAGUAAAGCAAAGGAUUCAUACAGUGACAGUGGACAAUGGGAAUAUUUAUGUGACUCUUUCUAAUGAACCUUUUAAGUGUGACUCUGAUUUUUAUGCCACUGGAAACUUCAAAGUUAUUCGGAGUUCUUUCUGAUAAAACUAUAUGGCAAUGAAAAAUGUUGUGUAUGUUUUGAAUAUAUUAGAAUAAUCAUACUUCAAUACCAAAGAGUAUUAAUUUUUCCAACAUAGGCACAUUUAUUACUUAUCUUUAAAAAUCAUAUAAAGCUGAACAGUUCAAAAUUAUACAUAUUUACUGUGAUGUAAGGAUUAUCAGGAUAUAUAAAAUGCAUUUCAUCCGGUCCUCUGGAUUGACUGGAACGUGAAGGCUAUAGGUUUGGAAUGUGCAUUUUAAGAAGGGUGGAAAUAUUUGCAAUAACCACAAUGAAGAAAAGGUAGAAAAUUAAAUUUAAUAAGAAAUAUGGGGGUAAUCCCUAUUUUGAUGUAGCAGGCUUUAUCAUGCAAAAGUUUUAAUAUAUACAAACUAAACAGAGUAGCAUAAUAAACUCUCAUCACCCACUUCAACAAUUAUCAGUAUUCUUCCAUUUUUCUAUUCUCGUAUUCUUGUUUCACUGAUACCUUGACACACUCUCCACCUCUGCCGCAUUUGGUUGUUAUUCUUACUUUUUAUAGGUAAAAUUUAAAUACACUGAGAUGCUUCAAUCUCAAUUAUUCAGUAUUUCCAAAUAUAUAGCAGACUUUUGACACUUAAAACACUGCCUCCAAAAUGGGAUCAAUUUACAAUGCUUCAUUUAAAAAUAAGACACUUAUUCAACAUUUCCAUAGAACACCUGGUGCUCACCACAAGUGCACUCCAUAAUCUUCCUGUACUGCACAUCGAAACCAAAUAAAUCUUGGCUCAGUUUCUCUCAGGCCAAAGCAAACACUCUCACAAGUAAGGAAGACACACACAGCUGCUGCCCAGCCAUGAGAGAUGUGAAGUCUCUUAUACAGUGAGCCAAUGUGCUUUGAAUGUCCUAUGUGAAAUUUUCAAGCAAAGGUUUGUUUUUGAGAAUGUUGUGAUGUAUGUAGAACUGAAUGUUUUAUGUAACUGUUACAGAGAAGAGAUAGAGGGUGUUGUUCCUCAGUCCUUCCUGCUGAGUUCACAGGCAGGGUGGAUGCGAAGUCGGCCCACCCUGCUUUCACAUGCCUGUUAUUUACAAACAGCACUAUUCUGGUUGCCUGGUGCCCACACCAUACUGUAACACUCUGGGUGCUUACCAUCUAAAAUUUGGCAGCAAAUAUUAGAAAAUAAGAAGUAGAAUCAGAACCAGAUGAUCACAUUAUGAAUUCAGAGUGCAAAAAAACUGUCAAAAUUGGAACUUUGUCUCUAAACACAAUAAUCUUCUUAAUGGUCUAGGUUUUAAUUAAAGCCCUAAACCUAAUACUGAACAUUCUAGGGGGACCACCUGGACUCUUUUCCUUGGUUAUUGUAUAAAUAAUAAAUGAAUUAAGUACCUAUCAUUAAGGGUCUGCUUACUAGACCUUUGCUACACAUUAUUACAUUUCCUUUUCUAAUGGAAUAUGGGUAACAUGAGGUGAUACACUUGUUACUCAUUUCUCAGACUACUGAAAACCCAAGCUUUGAUUUUUAUAAAUACUUUUCUGGCAAUAGCUAUUUACCUGGUACAGGAAAUGUACCAUCACUCGAUGGGUAAAUCAUAGCCAUUAUCUCAGGUGCUAACACUCCAAUGACCAGUCAGGCCUUAACACGUGUCCAGAAUUUAAGACAUGUGGAAGAAACCAAAGUUUCUUGCCUGCCUUCUGCGGGCAAAACAAUGGCCCUCAUUUGCUGGCCAGUUACAGAAGCAUUUUCUCUCAGGACCUGGUGGCAACAAUGAGGAAUAUGGACUUGAUUUCUGGUUCUGAAUGUGUUCCUUCAGAUCUGGAAAUAAAAAAUGUCAUGUCGUA